UUAGUCCCGUUGCUCAUUUGUGUUUCGUCAAAUGGCCAGCAGACGCCUGUCCAACCUCUUCGGAAGGAUUCCUGUAAAAUGUACACAAUCACGGCUUCACUCGGUUCUUCUGCGCUCUUACCGUGCAUCUUUUCAACAACCGGUCUCUCAAAUGUCACCUGGGCUCAGGUGGCUGACGACCUGACCCGGGAUGUGGUCAAGCUGGCAUCUAACGGGCGAGUUCAGUUCUUCGAGCACAGACAGGAUCGAGUGAAAGUCUUUCCAAACCAGGCCUCAGUGGGGAACUUCUCCAUCUCCAUCACUGAGCUGAAUACGUUUGAUCUGGGGUCUUACACCUGCAAGGAGGGGAAGAACUGUGUUGAAGUGGAGCUGCAAGAAAAAAACAAAGGUACGCUAGAUGAGAGUGCAUGGCUACUGAUUUACUUCUGUGUUGGAGUGGCUGUCCUCAUUCUGCUCGGUUGUGUUGGUUAUUACUGCUGGGUGAAAUGUCCAGGCCUGUGGAGCAAAAGAAAACAGGAUAAGACUGAAGGCAGUGAAAAUUUUGAAGGUGCCAGUGCUCCACCUCAAGAAGCUCACCAAUCUCAGAUGGGUGUAGAUAAUAAUAGACAGUUUUACGAAAAUGAUAUUGAGUACCUACCAGACAGGAACCCAGUCAGUAACCACAGCGGUCCAGCAGGAGACCCGCAGCAUCAGGACCAGACUCAGCCCCAUCAAAGCAACGUUGGGAUUUAUCCAAACCUGAAUGAGUUCAGGUUUCAAAGGGUGGAAAGUCGCAGAACACGACAACGAUUUCACAUAGAGCUCUUCAGCAGGUUACGACAAGCCAGUUUCAAUCGACGACAUUUCUAUGUCAACCAACAUGAGAUAAACAGGCAUCAAGCCAUGGUGGCUCAAACCCAGAAGCAAAAAGCCGCCUCCCUCUCAGACUGCCAAUACCAAAACCCCAUCUACAACCAGAGCACCGAACAGCUCAACCAAAUGUAGACGACAGAGGACAGAGUGCAAACGCCAAGCGACACACCCACACUGACUGAUUUUUUUUUWAUCUCACUGUAUUUCACUGCUAACAACAUAUCUGRCACUGCUUUUAAUAAAACGCAAUAGAUUUUACUGCUCAAA